CACCUGCUACAAAUAGCUUGGCCGGCGGCUACCUAGCUAGCCUAUAUUUCAUUCCGCCUCCCCAGAUCGAUCGAUCACCACCCGGAGAAGAGAGCGAGUGGGAUCACACGCCCACAGGGCUACCUCUCCGCUCGCGCUGGUUGGCCGGCUGGUUUUAAGGCGACGGCCGCCCUCGGCAUGCGCUGUCCUGCUCGCCCGGGAAAUGGCGCCCGCAGCUGCAGCUUCCACCCUCUCGGCCACCGCCGCCGCCGCCGAUGCUUCCAAGCGUCCGGCCGCUUCCGACGCUGAGCCGAUCGGCUCCCCCGUGCUCCACCACCAGGACGGCGACGAGGCCGCGCGCAAGCACCACCCGAGGCGGCAGCAGCAGCAGCAGCUCGAGUGCCCGCGAUGCCAGUCCACCAACACCAAGUUCUGCUACUACAACAACUACAGCACGGCGCAGCCGCGCCACUUCUGCCGCGCCUGCCGCCGCUACUGGACGCACGGCGGCACGCUGCGGGACGUGCCCGUCGGCGGCGCCUCCCGCCGCGCCGCCAAGCGCCGCAGGGUCGACGCCGACGCCGAGCCCUCGCCGCCGCAGACCACGGCGCGCGCGGAGGACGGGUACCGCCUGAUGCCGGACCUCUCGGCCUUCCCGUUCCUCAGCGACGGCAUCUUCCUGCCGCAGCUCGACCUCGGCGCUGCGCCGGCGGCCACGUUCUCGUCGUGGCACCACUCGGGCGUCCCGGACUUUUACGACGGGCUCGCGCCGUGGGACGACGGGACGGCUGGCGUCACGGGCGCGUGGGGUGACAUCGCCGGCCUCGAGCUCAGCUGGCCGCCGCCGGGGAACUGAUCACGGCAGCCGGGCGCCGUUGUGAGGCUCCGCUUUUAGCAGUGCUUCCGAGUUCCAAGCUAGUAUGCAGUGCCGGCAGUAUGUUUUGAUGAGCUAAUAUCCAGCUAGGAAUGCGAGCAGCUCAAUUCUCCCAUGGUUUCACCGUUUCUUCUCGUCAUUACAACGAAAAAAUGAAAUCGUGGCCAGUGGUUAGAUCAGCGGAUCAUGAUCUGUAGCUGCCUAGGGGAGGAUGUAAGGUCUCUGCUGUGAUUAUUGUGACAAUAAAAUUAAGUUUAUGUCAAGCAUACAUGCACUAGCACAU